GCUUACAUUAUUACCGUGAAUAUUACAUCGUCUUCUAUCAAAUACGUCGAUCUAUGGUAUCAUGGUAUGGGUUUGUUUAUUUUGUUAUUUGUUGUCAUUGAAGGUAAUUCGCGAAAGGUAGUGUGUGCCGUAAUAUAAAUGCUGCCCAAGAAGUCUAGUAAAAAAGAAGAUGAAGAUUGCAUAUCAAGAAAUGUAUACAAAAAUCUGGCCGAGGUGGCCAUCACUUACUUGAAUGAAGAAUCUGUGCCAGACAAAGCACUAGAUGCUGUUCACAUGCAGUUGGGAUCGUACGAGAAGACAUACAAGCUGUAUUUGAACGUGCAUCACUGCGUCAGUGCGUGUGUGCGAAUACCAUUGCCUUUGCUGAAACUUGAUCACGUGCAGGAAGCAGUUGGAGAUUUAAAGGUUUCAGAAGAUGCCCAGAAGGAAAUUAUAGCAGUGGUGCAGACCUACAAAUCAAAGGCUUCUGAGGCUAAAGGAAACAAUUUCUACCCAAAGAUAAAACGUUUCAGAUGGAGAAUUGAUAUUACAAUAUCAUCAAGUGUUCUGGCCCGAGUAUUGGAACCAACCUUGCUGUUUGAAGUAACUCUUUGUGAUGGGAGGAAGAAAGUAUUUGAAGUCAGCAUCGCCAAGUUUCAUCAGAUUAGGUACAGUGUUGCAGCAGCAUUGAAAGAAAUAGAAAACUUGAAGAAAAAGAAACUCUUGAAAACGUAACAAUUAAAUUUCUUCAUUUUAUAAGCAUUUCCCAUUCCAUCACAUGUUCUGUAAUGUUUUGUGAUAAUUGCUUUUGACUAUUUUUGUACCUAGCAAAUUAUUUAAGUGCUUAUCCAUGGUAUGUAAAAACAGAUUGUUAUUUUCUUGUGUUUAUUAUUAAUUAUAUUCAUGUUAAAACAUAUGAAUUGAAGAGCAACUAUUAAUUAUUCAUCUAUAUUGUUACUAAUCGCGGGUUCGUAAAGGAUAGCCAAAUUAAAGAUUUUUUCACA